AUGGCUAAAAUUCGCAAAAAUUUACGAGACUUUAUAGAAUUCGUUGAAGGGAACAAAGCUGAAAAUGGAAAAAUCAAAUUUAUUGUUGAUGAAGGAUAUUCAAUUAAUAAUGCCAAAAGCGCUGAACUUAUUCUCUACGAAGAUGGAUUAGAAAAAGAAGGCUUUAUUAUACCUAGCAAGCCAUAUGCACCAUAUGCGAAGUUUGUUACAGAUCAUACGACAGUCGUCCCAUUACGUGCAAGUACCAUCGAUAUUCAUCCAAAUGCUCGUUGGCAACAAAAUGGUCUCACCAUUGCUGGAGGAAAUGGACAAGGAAGUGGAACCAAUCAGCUCUCAAAUCCAUGCGGUUUGUUUAUUGAUGAUGAUCAGCAAACUACUUAUAUCGCUGAAUAUGGGAAUCAUCGUAUAAUGGAAUGGAAAUCAGGUGCGACGAGUGGUCAAGUGGUUGCCGGAGGAAAUGGCGCAGGAAGUGAGGCUCAUCAGUUAUCUUACUCACAAGAUGUGAUUGUCGACAAAGAGACAGAUAGUCUCAUCAUUGCCGACUAUGCCAAUAGAAGAGUAGUUCGGUGGCCUCGUCGAAACGGAAAGAGUGGAGAAACAAUAAUAUCGAACAUUCUUUGUACGGGUUUGACCAUGGACGAGAAUGGAUCUCUCUAUGUCGUUGACUAUGGAGAACACGAAGUGAGACGAUAUCGAAGAGGAGAACGUCAGGGCACAGUAGUGGCAGGUGGCAAUGGAAGUGGAAAUCGUCUUGAUCAACUCCAUAAUCCAUAUCACGUAUUCGUCGAUCGAGAUAAUUCAAUCUACGUAUCUGAUCUAGGAAAUCAUCGCGUGAUGAAAUGGAUGAAAGGUGCAAAACAAGGCAUUGUCGUAGCUGGUGGUGAAGGACAAGGAAAUGGUCUUACACAAUUGGCAAAUCCUCGAGGAGUCGUUGUUGAUCAAUUGGGCACUGUCUAUGUAGCUGAUUCUAUAAAUGCUCGAGUCAUACGUUGGCCCAAAGGAGCCACAAAGGGAAGUGUCAUCGUUGGUGGAAACGGUGAAGGAGGACAAGCGAACCAACUCAAUCAACCCGUUGGUUUGUCAUUCGAUCGACACGGCAAUCUCUAUGUCGUCGAUCCGGGAAAUAGUCGAGUGCAAAAAUUCAACCUCACCUCAAAUGCUUAA